AUGGUGCUCGCUGAUCCCCAGUUCCAUAUGGUAAUCGAUAUGAUCAUUGGAGUGGACAGUUAUUACGACCUACUUCUCGAGGGUUUCAUUCGCCUCGGUUCAGGGCAGCCGGUGCUGCAAAAUAUAUUGCUUGGAUGGGUCGUUCCUGGUAGAGUCGGACCUAGCCGACCAGAUCCGAAAAUAGUCAGUAUCGUUCACAUGUGUACUCAGUAUUUCGACGAGAAGCUAUCCAGAUUUUGGGAACUAGAAUCUUGCCAGUCAUCUAGCACCAUGUCAGUGGAAGAAUCGAUUUACGAGGCUAAUUUUGCUGCGACGACCAUGAGAGAUUCCUCUGGCCGAUUCAUUGUCGGACUUCCGGUAAAACCGUCCGUUGUGUCCAUGUUGGAAAACUCCUACAUCCUCCAUCCUCCUAUCGCCAAACGUCGCUUUCUGUCGGUGGAACGUCGUUUACAAGCCAACCCUCAACUCAAAUCCGCAUACUCGGCUUUCAUCGAAGAAUAUCUUCUGUUAGGACACAUGGAAGAAAUUACUGACACCACGGUACCCACACAGUACACCUCCUACUACCUCCCACACCACUGUAUUCAGCGUCCGGAUAGCUUGACCACGAAGCUCCGCGUCGUGUUUGACGCGUCUUGUAUCACUGAAACUGGCAUUUCACUUAAUGAUGCGCUGAUGGUGGGGCCACAAAUUCGGAACUUUGAACUGGCACCAUACUUGGCCACUCGAUGCUUGCAAGAACUCUCCAAAGUAGGUCAACAGUCUCAUCCUGAUGCCGCAGAAGUUGUAGGCAAGGACUUCUACAUGGACGAUUUGCUAACGGGAUGUAGAGAUACAGAAUCCGGAAGAAUUCUGGUCAACCAGCUGCUCCAGCUUUUGGGCUUUGCUGGAUUCCAAUUACGGAAAUGGUCAUCUAAUUCUCCGGAGCUUCUCGCCCACAUUCCGGAAUCUUUGCGAGAUGAACGCAACGUUCUUGGACUGGAUCCUGGUGCCUCGAUCAAAACCCUAGGGCUAAGGUGGGAACCAGCAUCUGAUAUUUUUGGUUUUCACGGUCCCAAAUGGAAGGACUACUCCCAUAUCACCAAAAGGAUUGUCGCUUCCGAUACUACCAGUCUAUUUGACCCGCCAGGAUUUCUCGGACCCGUAAUAGUAGUCGCUAAAAUGUUUGUCCAGGAUUUAUGGCGCCGUAACCGUUCCUGGGAUGAACCCCUUAAGAAUGAAAUCCAGCAAAGUUGGCUGCAGUUUCGUUCUCAACUCGUCAUAGUCGAAACAAUUACCGUUCCACGUUGGGUUAUUCCGAUUGUAGAUCCAACCCACAUCGAACUCCAUGGGUUUUGUGAUGCCUCUGAACGAGCCUACGGGGCAUGCAUCUAUUCACUUGUCGUGUCUACCAGUGGGGACACUUCCGCGAGUGGAAGUGGUGUACUAAGUAGAGGCAUCCGUUUAUCGCCACAGUCAAACGUGCCAACCGGAAGAGGUCGUGGGUGGACCACGAGGAUAACCGCCAAGGAGUCAUCGAGUCCCCACAAGUGGAAGCAGCUUCCAUCUAGACGUAUCCUGAACCGACGGGAUCGGUCGGUGGAGACCCGCCCUGCCCUCAUAGCACUACCGACAACGCGAGCUGCUUUCGAAUAA